GUUUCUAUAGAAACCAAUGUGUUAUUACAGGCGGGCAUGUUAAAAUCUGAUCUUUCUCUCUGUUAAAUUUCCCAUGAGAAAAAAUUCAAGUUAAAUCGUUGGUAUCACAUCAGGAUCGAAUAUGGACAACCUUUGUGAACGGAAUAUCACUAAUAACAAUCUCAUCAGCUUCGAGAAAGAAUACUGUCAUUGUGAAGCUGAUGAUGAGGAAAUGUGUGCCAUAAGUUUGCCAUUAGAAGAGACCUAUUUUGACAAGAUAGUAGGUCACCUCGAGGACAUACUGAUCGAUAGCAACUUCCAAAAGAUUCAAAAGGAAUUUCUUGACAAGCACUGGACCGAGUUCGACGAAGGAGAAGAGAAUAAGCUAAUGUACACAGAGAUAUUUGACAACUAUGUUGCUACAAUCGAGCAGUGCAUCGAGGACAGACUUAAACAGGAAAUUCCCAAUUUCAACAUGGAAUUCUUCCAAAAUGAAUUAAGGAAAAAUAAAGGAAUCCUCGAAGGGGAAGUUUUCGACAUGCUCUACACACUUUCAGACUUCUCGGCAUUUAAGGAGUUAAUGCUAGACUACAGGGCUGAAAAAGAAGGAAGAAUAAUUGAUCUAAGUCAAGAUAUUAAAGUCGUCCCUUUUAAAAUGCCUGUUUAAAC